AUGGAUCGCAGUUUCGUGGCCGUGGCGGGUUUCAAGGCCCCUGAAGCUGCAACUUCGGUAGCUGAUCGCUACAAGGUCUCUGUCUCCGUCCCCGAAACUGCCACCCGAAGUGAAGGAGAUGGUCGUCUUCAGCUGGUGUCAAUGAGCGCCGUGGCGGCCUGCGGCCUGCGUGGCCUUGCGAAGAACCGCGCUUGGCGGCGGCGCUCGCAGCGCGAGCAGCGCUUGGCGAAGGUCACACGGAAACUCUUCGGCAACAUGGAACAGCUGAACCCGUUCUAUGAGUCGCCAGAGAAGCAAACUCAGAAGCGCUACGAGCCGCAGGUUCAGGCCAUCAAUGCGCUGGAGGAGACCAUGAAGGCGAAAUCCGACGACGACCUCCGUCCGAGAGCCGAGAAGUUCGGGGCGAUGUUGGGUGGUGGCCGCUGA